AUCAAAGGUCCUUGGACAGCCGAUGAAGACGAAACAGUUGUUCGUUUGGUGAAAACCCAUGGAACGAAGAAAUGGAGUUUGAUUGCUCGACAACUGAACGGACGCCUAGGAAAGCAGUGUCGAGAACGUUGGUAUAAUCACUUGGAUCCAAACAUCAAUAAAGGUGAAUGGACUGACGGAGAGGAUCGAAUUCUCAUAGGAGCACAGGACACAAUGGGAAAUCGAUGGGCUGAGAUUGCCAAGCGGCUGCCAGGACGUACGGACAAUGCGAUAAAGAAUCGCUGGAAUUCAACUCUCAAACGG